AGAACAUAUAGCACUUUGUGAUAGAAGGAAGAAAUAUGACGAGACACACAAAUACUCGAAAACCAAAACGUCUACAGUUAAAAAAACUAAAAUGAACCAAGCAGCUCAAGUUAAUAUAAAGAUGAAAUUAUUCCACGUAAACUAUGUUACUAAUACUCGUGUACCAUUCUGAAAAUAGUUAUGUGCAAGCUCACCACUUCUUCCCCCCCACAUACGGAGACACGCAAUUAUGUACCAAGAAGCAUGUACACACAAAUAUAUGAGGUUUUACCAUACGUUAAGCAAAAAGAUAUUACUAAGUGCAGGGUCACAUUCAGAGAUUCCAGAUUUUUCUACACAAUUUGACAUCCCCAUCCUUCCAGUAUUUAAAGGUGACACUGGCACAACUUCCUUGUUGUACUGGACGACUUUCCACUAGGGACUUCUACAUCAAGAUCCCAGAAACAUCAGAGAGAGAGAGAAAGAGAGAGAUGGUGCACAUUCCCGCUCUCAUCUCUUCUUCUUUAUAUUCCCUCCAGCAAAUCUUUACUUAAUUUGUGUGCACUAUGCUGCAGGAUCAUGCAAAGACAUUGACCAUGUGGGAAGGUUACGUGGACUGGAGAAACAGGCCAGCCAUGACAGGAUGUCAUGGAGGUGUGGUUGCCGCCUCUUUUGUGUUGGUGGUGGAGAUUUUGGAGAACUUAGCAUACCUGGCAAAUGCGAGCAAUCUAGUCCUUUAUCUAUCGAAAAUUAUGAAUUUUUCUCCAUCUGCUUCAGCCAACAUAGUUACCAACUUUAUGGGAACUUCCUUCCUUCUCGGUCUACUUGGCGGGUUCUUAUCUGAUGCUUGCCUCACCACCUAUUACAUCUAUCUGAUUAGUGCGGCAAUUGAAUUUAUGGGACUAUUGAUGCUCACAUUUCAAGCUCGCAUACCUUCCCUGAGGCCGUCUAUCUGUGCAUCCGUAAACAGAAACACCUCAUGUAAUGAAGCUGGUCGUGGCCAAGCAGCAAUGUUAUUUGGUGGCCUCUACCUGGUGGCCUUGGGUGUUGGAGGGAUAAAAGGUUCACUUCCUGCACAUGGAGCGGAGCAAUUCGAUGAGAAUUCGCCACAAGGAAGGAAGCACAGAUCUACCUUCUUCAAUUAUUACAUCUUCUGCCUCUCUUGUGGAGCAUUGAUUGCAGUGACAUUAGUAGUAUGGGUAGAAGAUAAUAAAGGCUGGCAGUGGGGCUUUGGUAUCUCAACCGUAGCAAUAUUGAGCUCAAUUGCCAUUUUCCUCCUAGGAUCUGGGACUUACAGGAUAAAAGUUCCCAAAGGAAGCCCAUUUACAACCAUUUUUAAGGUUCUAGUAGCAGCAUUUUGCAACUCUCUUUUUCCUAAGAAUUCUAUCAGUAAUGUGUUAGACACGAGAAAAUCCCCCCAAAACACAACUGAAAUAAGUCAGGAAGAAGAAGGACAUGGGGAAUGGAAGGAAGAAAUUCAGACUGAAAUGAAUGACCAGAAGUUCAUCGAUAAAUCAACAAUGGACAAGGCAGCCUACCCAUCACUUCACUGCACAGUCAAACAAGUAGAAGAGGUGAAAAUAGUCGUCAAGAUCUUGCCAAUAUUUAUGUCAACUGUUAUGCUGAACUGUUGCUUGGCUCAGCUUUCAACAUUUUCUAUACAACAAGCAGCCACCAUGAACACAUAUAUUGGUGCUCUAAAAGUUCCACCAGCUUCUCUUCCAAUAUUUCCAGUCAUAUUCACCAUGAUACUGGCACCAGUAUAUAAUCAUAUUAUAAUCCCCUUCGCCAGGGCAGCAACUAAGAGUGAAAUGGGCAUUACUCAUCUACAGAGAAUCGGAACCGGGCUAUUCCUAUCAAUUGUAGCCAUGGCUGUUGCAGCUCUAGUGGAGAUGAAGCGGAAGAGAGUGGCAGCGCAAUCUGGCUUAAUGAAUUCAACCGAACCACUUCCUAUCACAUUUCUUUGGGUAGCAUUGCAAUAUCUGUUCCUGGGAUCAGCUGAUCUCUUCAGCUUGGCUGGCUUGAUGGAGUUUUUCUUCACGGAGGCCCCCUUAAGCAUGAGGUCAUUGGCAACAGCAGUCUCUUGGGCAUCACUAGCCAUGGGUUAUUACCUCAGUUCAGUGAUCGUAUCAAUAGUAAACCAUAUAACUGGUAGGUUUCAGCGAACGCCAUGGCUCUACGGGAGUAAUUUGAAUCAUUAUCACCUUGAAAGGUUUUAUUGGUUGAUGUGCAUAUUAAGUGGAUUAAAUUUCCUACAUUAUCUCCUCUGGGCUACUCGCUACAAGUACAGAUCAACAGAGCCUGAUGACCAGAGAGACAAAAAUGACAACACACCGUCAGAAGCCCAGCUGUAGGUGUUCAGUGUUCUUCAAAUGCCAAAAAUAAGAAGAGGGUAAGAGGGGAGGGAUCUUAGCAGAGAUAAUUGUCAAUAGCAUUACUUUCUAAAAGUUGGAGCAGUCGUGGCCUUUAGAUGUUGUGAUUGCUUUGCAAAUACCAAAUUCGCUGUAUCACUAAUUGAAUGCUAUUACACUAUUUUUUUUAUUUGCA